UGGGAUAUGGACCAAGACACAGCUUGUCGGGGUGUCUCAGGAUCGGAGCGAGAGGCUUCGUAGAGAUGUCCUAGGGGAUGUUGGGUGACAGACCGGGAGGUUUCCUGGAGUGGCAGAGAGGGAACAAGUUGCAAAGAGAGGGGUGUCCCGGGCAUUUGUACAGGGGGUCAUCGUGGGGGUGGGUGUCCCUAGACUUUGUGUUUGUGUAUGUGCGUGUGUGGCGUCACUCAGCAUCACCUAGUGUUUCCUGGCGGAGAGUGGGAAGGGGCCGACCUCGUCAGACUUGCGGACAGGCUCACCUGCCUCUGCGGGCCACGUGACUGUGGCUGCAGCCCCUGGACUGUGAUGGGGUCAGCCAGCAGCAGGGUCGCUCGCUCACCUGCCCCUCCCAUCUCGACAGCUCUAGGAAUCGGGGGUCUCGAACAGCUGCCCUGAUGUUCCUGCCGAUGUGUCUCUCUGGAAGCAAGUCCUGUCUGCAAACCUCGGAUUUACUCAAAAGCUGAAAUUAGGGGUUUUUUCUUAAGACCUGGAUUUCCCUACUGAUUUACCAUAGGGUUCUUUGACAGAACAAAUACCCCAGUACAUUGAAAACUAGUCAGUUUGUGGAAAAUCAGCUUAAUUCAACACGUGUUGAGUUCACGUGUCUGUCACGCUCCAAGCACAGUGUUGUGGGAAAUACCAGAGAAGAGUAGGACAGGUCCUUCCCCUCCGGGAGCCUUGUCUAGCCGGGAAGAUGGGACUGACCCUGCGGUGUAGGUAAAUAACAGCGUGAGGCGAGAGGGUGAUGAGCUCGUGCUGAGCGCAGGGGUGCUGCAGUGUCCGGGGGUGGGGGGCCCAGCCCACGCCAGCUCCCAGACCGCCUUCCUGUCUCGGCCUGCUAUGGGCGGGGGGCUCCAGCUCACUCCGCAGACCCCCCGCAGGCCUUCUCCGAGUCCUGCACAGUCCCGGGAGCUGCCCGGGCGGCGGAGCUGGCGCUGUCUUACUAGCACUCCGGGCUCGCGCGCGCGGACCGCGUGUUGGUGAGCCCACCUUGCAGGAGGGUGCUUGCCCGCCGCGCUGCAGCUCUGGUCUUCCGGGUGACCCUUGAGAUCUGACGCCUGGAGCGGCUCAGCAGCGAGUCGUUAGAACACUGUGCCCAUAUUCUCUCAGAGAGGAGGAUUCCCAAAGGGAACGUGCUUUGGUGCCAGUCCCGGAGCCCUCGCUGCCACACGUGAGGCCGCUGUGGGCGUCUCCGGAAUGUCGUUGCUCGUUGCACGGGCUUGGCGCCGCGUUGGCCUCCUCGUGCUGCGGCUCUGAAGCAGCUUUCUCUCGUUGUAGGCGAUGACUGGGGGAGAGCAGGGCCGGCCGGCGGCUGGGCUCUCUGCAGCGCCCCGAGUGCUCUGACCGGAUGGGCCCGGGCAGGCCGGCCGCCGCCGGGGCUCACCUGGCAGCCUGCGUCCAGCUACAUGGGAGCAGCGACCCCAGGACCCUCCAGGCCCAGAACCAGCUGCAGUUCAGCAGGAGCACGCCCGAGCACGCAGGCACCCUGGCCGUGCGCUACUCCUGCCCGCACGCCAUCCGGAUCGAGAAGCUGAAGCACUCGUACCGCGAGUCGUACGGCUGUGAGGAUGCGGGCUGGCAUGGCGGUGGCCACGGGAGUGGCUCGGCCUCGUUCUCCGUCAUCUCGGAGGAGCGGCUCAGCUACGCCGUGCACCUGGCCAAGAGGGACGUGAAGCGCAGGCAGCUAGAGGAGCGUGUCGGGCGGUGCCGGCUCGGCGGGGAGCCCCGGCUCUCUCGUCCGCACAAGGUCCCCGAGCCCAGCGUGCAGAGGAAGGAACCGGGGAGCCGGGACAUGUGUCCUUGCGGCCACCAGCCGUCCACGGUGGGAACGUCCUGCACGGGUGCCAAGGUGUAUCUGUACGCACCUCGUCCGGCCCCGGCCCACCUGGCUGUGCCCCACUCGCCCCCCACCCAUGACCCGGGCCUGGAGCCCCGCCCCAAGCUCGGCAGCCACCAGCAGCUGCUGGAUGUACAGCGGCUCCAGAGGGAGCUGAGCGCUUGCAUCCACAAGAUGGAAGAGGUCACGAAGAAAGACAGGAUACAAGUGGCUUUGGACCCCGAUGAGGAGCGGCGCGCCCGCGUCAGGAGGCAGGAGCAGGCCGUGAGCUCGGCCCGGAUGCUGUAUGUCCUGCAGCAGCAGGUGAAGGAGAUCCAGGAAGAGUUGGAUAAAUUGAGCCCACGUGAGACCAGACACACGAAGAAGUCAUGGGCCAUGUCGCGGCUGGCGGCUGCCCACCGAGGAGCCAUCCGGGCCUUACAGGUGUUGGUGACGCAGCUUACGGACCGCGGGGAGCACCCGGUCCCUGCGCGCUGCCGGGAGCUGGGCUGCCUCAUCCGCCAGCUCUCACUCUGCUCCGCCAAGCUGCACGCCGACCCCUCCGUCCCUGACGUGGUUGCGGACAUCCUGCGACAGAUUGAGGCUUUGGAAUCCCUCCUGGAAAAGAAACUGUCACCGAAAAAGAAGAAAAGUUUCACGGAAAUUCAGAGCAGGUUUCCUGUUGGUGGCCACGGGGCCUUAGAGAGAUGGCAGGGUCCUUCGCUCAAGAGCGAGAGGAGACCCCUCGUAGCGAAGGAGAUGUUUCCUGAGGAAGCAAGGUGGCCUUCGGGGGCGAAGACGCUCCCGGCUGAUCACUGUCCCACUGGGGCAGCACCUGCUGCGACCUGCGGGCUGGAUGUGAUGGGUGCAGAGAUCCUUCCGGAAGAAGCCCCGUCCGCUCCAGACCACAGCGCCAGCUUCUCGGGGGAUCCACUGGCCCUGGCGAGAGCUGGAGCGGCGGCGGGGAGGCCCACGACCAGGAGUGCGGCGCUCCAGAAGGGGGAGGCCCGGGCGCCGGCGAGGCCACCUCAGGGACUGCACAAAGCUGGAAGAGGAGGGCCGACCCGGUCCCAGAGCAGAAGCCGACUGCAGCGCACGACAGUGUCCUCCAGACUGAAAGUCAGCCAGCAGCCUGUGAGGGACAGCAGAGCCCCUUGGGUGCCGCCGAACCCCACGUCCCCGCCAGCAUCUCCCAAGUGCGCUGCCUGGCUGAAGGUGAAGCUGAGCCCCAAGAGUGCCGCAAAGGAAGCGUGGCCGCGGCAGGACGAGGCUCUGGAGGAGAGUCCGCGGAGGGACGCCGUCGCGCAGGAAGCCGUGAGGCUCGCUUGGCUUGAUGCCGAAACUUCCAAAACAGUGAAGGAGCUGGAGGAACUGAAAGCCGGGGCCUCGGAUGAGACACGGAGGCGGGGCGUGUCGGACACCCAGCUAGCAGACAAGGUGGAGAAGGCGGUCCUGGAGCGUUUGAAGCCUCUUCUGGUCACGGCCCAGAGGGUCAGCUCUUCUCAGGAAGCAGAUCGUCAGCCGAGGGACCGGCCGUCAGCAGAUGUGGCAACCGGCCAGCCCGUGGAGGAGGCUACAGCUUUGGACCGCGCACCCCACGGCCUUCACCAGCUGGGGGACUGUUUGGAAAACACUGCCCACGGGCCCUGGGCCACGACCCACUGUGGGGCCUCGGAGUCGGAAACCUCAGCGCCCAUGGGGGACGGCAGAGGCAGCCCGGAUCUGGAGAGCCUGAUGCUGCGGGUGGAGGAAAUGGAGAAAUACCGGGAGACAGUUUGCCAGAGAUACAGUAAAAUCGUAUAUGCUGAUCCUCACCUGUGGGGGCAGGAAGGAAAGACGGGGCAGGCACCCACGGCAGUAAGUGAAAGGCCUCUUUCUCCUCAUCCAAUCAGGAUCACAAAGACCCCAGCUCGCAGAGACCACGACGUGAACAUCGUGUUGGAAGAACCCAGGAAUGCCAAUUCCCUGGACGAAAGCGUGGGGACGGAUGAGAGGUCUGAGAAGAGCAGGGCCCCCCUUGCGCCCCUCCCGGAAGAGUGUCUGCAGAAGGUUGGCCGGACCGCGCUGCACGUCCCCCCAGGCCUGCGGCACAGCAUUGGCGACUACUGUAGCCGCUUCGAGCGGUACCUCCGCCUGGUCGCGCACGAGGCUGUGGGCGCCUUCAACCCGUGGUUGUUGGCCGAGAGCUUCUCCGACGAGCUAGUGGAUGAGGCUCUGGGGGCUGUGGCCGCGGAGCUGGAGGAUGCGUGCGAAGACUACGCGGAAGCCGUGUUCACCUCGGAGUUCCUGGAGGCUGCGACCUGAGGGCUCCAUCUGCAGUGGACCUCCUCCCUGGGGUGCACGGGAGCCCCUGAGCCCGGCUGCCCUUCUGUGCCUCCUGGGUGCCUCCCACGGCGGGGGACCCCCUUUCCAUCCUCUCGUGGUCAUGGUGAUGGCUCUGGUGGUUGAUGACGGAGGGCAAGGUGUUUCUCAGUGCCCAGAUAUUGUGAAUUACAAUAUAAUAGUUUCUCAAUGUGUAGUUUCCCUAUUGAAAUCCCAUGUUUGUUUUGCCACUGAGUCUGGUGACAGGAGCGUCGGGAAAGGUGCUGGCAGGUGUAUUUCCCGAGGGUCCACGUUGCUGCCCAGCCGCCUGCGCCCGUGGCUCCUGUGCUCCCAUCAUCCCGAGCUCGCUUCUGUCGGUCCCCGCGACGCCACGCCAUGCAGACGGAGCCCACCAGCCCUCCGUGUCCUGCCAGCCGGUUCUCACCCUGGCAGUCCUCUGCACCGUGGUCCGCAGCCUUGUCUCGCCCUGGCGGCCAUGUUCUGAUGUCCAGAUUAUGUCAGCACGCAGGGGCCAUCGGAGGCCGUCGGGAGGGUCCCGGGCUGGCAUCCCUGUUCUCUGGACCAGCAUAUUCCACGCCUGUGGACCUACAGAGGACCGGGCGGGAGGAGAGGACUGGGCCAGAGCAGAGGACCUGCCUGGAUGCGGGAAGCCUGGCGGGUCCCCCGGGAGAGGAAGACACCCGAGAGCCACAGCAGUUUCGUCUCGUCCCCUCCAAGCUGUGUUUUACCGAGAAGUGCCUCUGGCUUUUCAGAAACAAAAGGAAUGUGCGUGAAAAUAAGGCCACUUCCUGGAAGAAGGUUUUCUCCGCCGGCUGGCCUGGGCUCUGCUCCGCCGUGGAUGAUGUGACUCCUUAGGACGCAGUGGGUGUCACAGCUGGACUUUCUCCAGUGCAAGCGUGUUUGAGGCGACCGCGGGAGCGGCUAGGCCACACCGCCGCGCGCACACCUGGGCCGGGGUGGUGCUGGCCUUCUGCUCGAUUACGCGUGGCCUCGGGACCAAGAAGGCUCUGGGGCCAAAGGUCGUCCCCGUGCGGGGGCACGCGUGUGCGCCCACGUCAGCAGGCGGGGGCCUCAGUGGCUCGAACUCGUCUGUGGGGCAGUUUGUACUGUGCUGAUUUUUAAAUAAACUCAGGAUUUUCCAGUA